CAGGGCCCGCCCGGCCCGGAAUGCUGACUCCGAGCUACUCACAUUCCAGUCCAGGGGGGUGGGGGGAGCAGCAGGGAAUACGCGCAAAGGAGGCCGGGAACUGCCCAUAUCCGGGAAACCCUCUGCGCCAGACCCACCGAGAACAUGGCGGCCCGGAACUGAGCCCCACGGGGGGUGGGGGAGGGGACGAGCUGCCACCAGCACCGGGGACCCGAACGGCGCUGCCGCCGCCCUACGGGUGGAGCCCAGCGCCGCACGCAGCGCACCGCACCCCGCAACACGCGUGGGCCCGGGGCGACGCCGCCGCCGCUUUGUCCCCGCAGGGUGGCUGACUUGGUUGUUAAGAAUUUCAGCACUGUCGGAACCACAAGUAAUGGUGAAUGUUUUCACUCUUGCUUAAGAGUGAGUUCUGAAACUACCAACGAGUCUUUCUUGAAAUUUUUGUGGCUGAAUCCUUGGUGGAGGUUACAUAGAUACAUGUUUUCAUGAAGAGAAGUGAGAAGCCGGAAGGAUAUAGACAAAUGAGGCCUAAGACUUUUCCUGCUAGUAACUACACUGGCAGCAGCCGGCAAAUGUUACAAGAAAUACGAGAGAGCCUUAGGAAUUUGCCUAAGCCCUCAGAUGCUGCUAAGGCUGAGCACAAUAUGGGUAAAAUGUCAGUUGAAGAUCCCAGACAAGGCCGAAAUCCCCCCAAAUUUGUAACAUACCAUAAAGCUUUGCAAGAAAUUCGAAACUCCCUGCUGCCUUUUGCAAACGAAACCAGCUCCUCGGCCAGGGGAACAUCUGAAAUCAAUCGACAAAUGCUACAAGACUUACAGGCUGCUGGGUUUGAUGAGGAUAUGGUUGUACGAGCUCUUAGGCAAACUAACAGCCGUAGUAUAGAAGCAGCAAUUGAAUUCAUAAGUAAAAUGAGCUACCAAGAUCCUCGUCGAGAGCAGAUGGCUGCAGCAGCAGCCAGACCUGUUAAUGCAGGCAUGAAACCACCAGGUAGUGUGCAGCAAUCAGUUAACCGCAAACAGAGCUGGAAAGGUUCUAAAGAGUCCUUGGUACCUCAGAGACAUGGCCCUCCAUUGGGAGAUAGUGUAGCUUAUCGUUCAGAAAGUCCAAGUUCUCAGUCAGAUGUAGGAAGGCCCUUAUCUGGUUCUGGAUUAGCAGCAUUUGCUCAGGCUCAUCCUGGCAAUGGACAAAGAGUGAAUCCACCACCUCCACCACAAGUAAGGAGUGUUACUCCCCCUCCUCCACCUCCAAGAGGGCAGACUCCUCCACCAAGGGGAACAACUCCUCCACCUCCUUCCUGGGAACCAAAUGCUCAAACAAAACGUUAUUCUGGAAGCAUGGAAUAUAUGAUCUCUCGCAUUUCUCCAGUACCACCAGGAGCAUGGCAGGAUGGCUAUCCGCCCCCACCAAUGAAUCCGUCACCCAUAAGUUCUUCUACGCAGGGACAAAGAGGCAUUAAUUCUGUUCCACUUGGCAGGCAACCAAUAAUCAUGCAGAGUUCUGCCAAUAGCAAGUUUAGUUUUCCAUCAGGAAGAGCUGGAAUGCAAAAUGGCAAUUGUCAGACUGAUUUCAUGGUUCAUCAGAAUGUUGUAUCUGGGAACUCGGUCAAUCGUCAGCCACCCCCUCCGUACCCAAUAUCCCCAACUAACAGGCAAAGUCCUACAGCAUUGCAGAUGCAAGCAGGAGGAUCUGUUCCUCCUUCAGCAUACACCAAUGGAAAUAUUCCUCAGUCCAUGAUGGUGCCAAAUAGAAACAGCCACAACAUGGAACUUUACAAUAUAAAUCUACCUGGAAUACCAAUGUCCUGGUCACAGCCUUCAUCUGCUCCACCCCAAUCACCACCUGGCAGUGGACAUGAAAUCCCUACAUGGCAACCCAACAUUCCAGUAAGAUCAAAUUCUUUCAAUAACCCUCAUGGAAAUAGACAGAGUCACUCUAGCAGUUCUCAGCCUUCAGCCACCACAGUAACAGCUAUAACCCCAGCUCCCAUUCAGCAGCCAGUAAAAAGUAUGCGAGUAUUAAAGCCAGAGCUGCAGACUGCCUUAGCACCAACUCAUCCUUCUUGGAUGCCACAGCCAAUGCAAGCUGUCCAACCAGUCCCCUUCUCUGAGAGUCCAUCUACCAACAUGGCGGUCAUGUCACCUGUUGCAGAAGCUCCAAAUUACCAAGGUCCUCCACCACCUUACCCAAAACACUUGCUACACCAGAAUCCAUCUGUCAGUCCAUAUGAGACAGGAACCAAACCUAGCAAAGAAGAUCAUUCCAGUUUAUCUAAGGAAGAAGAGAGUGAAAAGAGUAAUGAAUGUGUUGAUGGGACAGAUAGAAAAAAACAAAUAACAACCUCACCUGUUCCUGUUAGGAAAAAUAAGAGAGAUGAAGAGCGAAGGGAGUCUCGCAUUCAAAGCUAUUCUCCUCAGGCCUUUAAAUUCUUCAUGGAGCAACAUGUGGAAAACAUACUCAAGUCUCAUCAGCAACGAUUGCAUCGUAAGAAACAACUAGAGAAUGAAAUGAUGCGGGUUGGGUUGUCCCAAGAUGCCCAGGAUCAAAUGAGAAAAAUGCUGUGCCAGAAGGAAUCUAACUACAUUCGUCUCAAAAGGGCUAAAAUGGACAAAUCAAUGUUUGUAAAAAUUAAGACUCUAGGCAUUGGGGCAUUUGGAGAGGUCUGUCUAGCAAGGAAAGUGGACACUAAUGCUUUAUAUGCAACAAAAACCCUGCGGAAGAAAGAUGUGCUGCUUCGGAACCAAGUUGCUCAUGUUAAAGCUGAGCGGGAUAUCCUUGCAGAGGCUGACAAUGAGUGGGUGGUUCGCCUGUACUAUUCAUUCCAAGAUAAGGACAAUUUGUACUUUGUAAUGGAUUACAUUCCAGGAGGUGAUAUGAUGAGCCUAUUAAUUAGAAUGGGUGUCUUCCCAGAAAAUCUGGCACGGUUCUAUAUAGCAGAGCUGACCUGUGCAGUUGAAAGUGUUCACAAGAUGGGCUUCAUUCACAGAGACAUUAAACCAGAUAACAUUUUGAUUGAUCGUGAUGGUCAUAUUAAACUGACUGACUUCGGGCUUUGUACAGGUUUUCGAUGGACGCAUGAUUCCAAAUACUAUCAGAGUGGUGACCAUUCACGUCAAGACAGCAUGGAUUUCAGUAAUGAAUGGGGUGAUCCAGCAAACUGCAGAUGUGGAGACAGGCUUAAGCCACUUGAGCGUAGGGCAGCGCGUCAGCAUCAGCGUUGUUUGGCACAUUCACUUGUUGGCACACCUAAUUACAUUGCACCAGAAGUACUCUUACGAACAGGAUAUACACAACUGUGCGAUUGGUGGAGUGUUGGAGUAAUUCUCUUUGAAAUGUUGGUGGGGCAGCCUCCCUUCCUGGCACAAACACCAUUGGAAACACAAAUGAAGGUUAUCAAUUGGCAAACAGCUCUUCACAUCCCACCUCAAGCUAAAUUGACUCCAGAGGCUUCUGACCUUAUUAUCAAACUCUGCCGAGGGCCAGAAGACCGCUUAGGCAAGAAUGGUACAGAUGAAAUAAAAGCUCAUCCAUUUUUUAAAGCUAUUGAUUUUUCAAGUGAUCUACGACAGCAGACUGCUUCAUAUGUUCCUAAAAUUACACAUCCCACAGACACAUCCAAUUUUGACCCAGUUGAUCCCGAUAAGUUAUGGAGUGAUGAUAAGGAAGGGAAUGUAAAUGACACACUUAAUGGGUGGUACAAAAAUGGGAAACAUCCUGAACAUGCUUUUUAUGAGUUCACAUUUCGAAGGUUUUUUGACGACAAUGGCUACCCAUACAACUACCCCAAACCCAUUGAAUAUGAAUACAAUAAUCCACAAAACUUGGAGCAGCAAUCAGAUGACGAUGAUGAGCAGGCAGGCAAAGGGGUUCAAAAUCGUGAUCUAGUUUAUGUUUAGCAGAGAAGUUGAAGAUAUUUGAACCGUGUGUUUUGAAGUUGGGAUUUUUCAAAAAUCCCCUGUGAUGAGAGAAUUAACAUAAGAUUGCUUGGGUAAAUAUAUGCACACUUUAUUAAAAAAAAAAUUACUAUUACAGAGUUCUGUAUUUUUGCUUUCUGUACAUUUUGUUUCCCCAAAAUGCAGGGAAAUCAUUUUAAAACGUUAAUUUAUUCCAGCAUUAUUAAUCAUUAAUUUAGAAAAGAAUUUGUUAGGAAAAAUAAAUUAUGAACUGAGUUAUAUGAUCAGUUCUUUGUACUUUAAGUACUCAAUAUAGGAAAUAGUGAUUUCUUAAAAGGAGAUGCCUGUUAUCUAUUUGUACAUAGGCUAAAUAUUUUUUUUUAAAUCUUUGUUCCAGACUUAAACAGUUCUGCCUUGCUUUGACCAAAUAUAAAUCUUAUCAUACACUUACAAAACUGAUACCUCUCUGAUACAAGGCUGCUGUACCGUGGCUUCUCACAAUAUCAUGCUCCAUUGUUAGCAAAAUUAAGCCUGUUUGGUAAGUAAUUCCCAGUUAGUACAGCUUUGAAAAUAGGAAGCAUCAGUCUCUGUUGUAAUGUGACUAUAAAUAGUUAAAAAAAAACUUAGGGUUUUUAUUUAUAUUUAACUUAAAAUUAUAUUGAAAGCUAUAACUAGAUUUAGGGCACUGUGAUA